UCAUACAUUUUUCGGAAUCAAUUUCAUAUAGUUUCAAGAUGACAACUGUGCGGGUGUCACUGCUUCUACUUCAGGCGCUUCUUUGUGUGCAUGGUCACAUCCAAAGAAUUUGGGGACAAAAUGGACCACUCUAUGAGUCCACAAAGCAGCUAAUAGCCAGCCAAAGCUCCAGUGCUGCCAGCAUCUGGAACAUCACCCAGCAGGCGAUCGAUCAUAAGCUGGAGUAUCUACAAGAAGCCAAGGACACACUGGAUGACCAUCAGCAGGUGGUUAGUGGACGCUUGGAGAUGUUCUUUGGAAGUCAGUACAGCGAAGAGUGGCGGGCAUGCUCAAAGAAAUACGAGCUCCAAGUGGCACACUUCAAUCGAGAGCUGGUGGACAAGUACAGCGUCUGCCGGAAUUCUCUGGACCACAUCACGGAUCACUUUCAGGAGGAGAUCGUGUUGGAAGCUAGCUUCCUGAGUAAGGCGUCGCAGGAGAUCACGGAGUUUGCGAGCACCUGCAGAAUCUGGCAGCUAAAGCAGGCUGGUUUCAAUCACGCCGGAGUUUUAUUGUGCACCGUGGCUGGAAUCGGGAGGAUCAAUCAGCGAAUGAUAAGCAGUCUGGAGCUUUGCGAUGCAAUUCUGCUGGAGAUGUCCUUGGAAGACCUGGACACACCAAGUUGCCUUUUCUACCAUCAACUGAAGAUGGAGUUCGAUGAGCUCUUUGCGGAGAUUGAGUCGUGUGCGAUGAACUAGGGAGCUCGUAAUAAAGUGGAAUGCAUUAUUAA